GUGCCAUUGAGGACCUUUGCAGUGGGAUCCUUGGUGCUGUCCUUCCCCACCACCUGGUUCACUGAUAGUGUUGUACGCUACUGGAACGAGCUCUAUAAGAAUCAAGCGACCCACGGAGGUGCGUUCGCGGAAAUCAUCGCAUGCGCCGCCUCCUUUGGAUGGCUAGCUUUUGGCACCCACCUCAUCAGCACCACUGCGACUGCGCCGAAGGCGGCGCCUUUGCUCUUCUGGGGCAGUUUCUUGCAGUGCAGCGCGGCCUGGUCAAUCCUGACCUGUGCCAUCGUAUGUCUGAUCGUGACCACAGUGCUCAACCUAACCGUCCAGCAGCAGAAGUGAGCAGCGCAACCGCAUGCGUGCGUCAUGGCUGGCAAUGGGCCCGUGAUCCAAUUGAAAUCUUCGAGUUGCCAUCCCAGCGAGGCAAGUUUGUGGCACUCUGGAAGCAGCUUGGAUUGGAGCUGGCUUGAUAAAACAUUCCAUUGAGACACAAUGUGUUUUCGCGCUUUGCACCUGGCGCGUCUCCCCCUGCUAUGCAAGUGGGCAAAGACCCCGGAUGCAAGCCAAAGUUUCAGUUUGCGAGAUCUGGGU